UUCAGCGUGAAUCACAGCAUCACCAUCUCUUCAACAACCUUUUUUUGGGUGCGCCUCAAUUUCCGUCCCUUGCCUUUUGACAAGACAAUUCGACCAUAUUCCAUCUGGAACAAAGCGCAAAUCCAUCGUGCCACCUUCCACUAAAAAAGCUAAACCGAUACUUUCAUCUAAAUCAGUCCGCUGCAAGGCUACCACAGGCGCGUCUCGUAUCUGUUUACCUGAACUUUAUCACAUUUGCACAUUUCAUCACGUUUGAUAUCCCACAUCGUCUUGACCGCUAUGAGCAUUUAAUCUUUUUGACGUUGGCAAGAUCCCGACCACCGCCGCCACGAGGAUUAAUUAAGAGCUAUCAUGGCCACCAAGCAGGAAUUUAGCGCACCGCGCAAGAAAGGGUUGAUGACAUAUGGAAAAGCUGCUCGCAAAAGACAGCCAAAGACAGUUUUCACACCAGCUGCUUUCCCACCUAUACCAGAAGAUGACGAUGAUUCUCCCGUUGCAAAACACAAGGCUACCGUAACACAUCGACGACCUUCUCUUCUCACCUCCCCGCAGCGCGAUCCUGCUUCACCCUCCUCAAGCCUUGGUAGCACAUAUCGUAACAAGACAAGUCCAAUUAGCUCAAACGAGGGUUUGCAAAACCCAGACCGGAAGCGCAAAAUAUCCCAGGUCUACAUGUCGAAGGGGCGAACACAGGAACCUAUCCAGGCCAGUCAAAAGAAUGCCCCUCUGAAUCGCAUACCUCCUCGAUCGCGCCCAUCUACGUCUGCCGGCAUUAGUACCAGCAAACCAAUCGCAUCUACCUCACGACAACGCGCCCGUCCAACUUCGCCAGAAUUAAUGGAUAUCGACACAGCUGAACCCAGCCUAUCGAGUCCACCCCCGACCCCGACAUUGCCAAAGCCGUCACGCCAGCCAAAAGCCACAGCAAGCAAAGGUUCUGCAUCAUCGGCGCCGGGCACAACUACAACAGGGAAAGCGAAGCGGGGCGAUACACAGCAUCAAAUUCCUCUACGCUUUGCGCGUGAAGACAUUGUGAAGCCGAUAGCCUCACGUGCAAGUUCAAGUGCAUCUUCAAACAGAGUGAAUAAGGAGGUUGGACCUGCGCCUCAGCUAGCUCCUGAGAGUGUUUCGAAAAAGCGUAGGCGACGGUUAAUUGAUACGUUGAUUGAGCAGACUAAAGAUGAGGAUGAAGAGGAAGAGGUCAUUGAAACAGUUGACGAGGUCCUUGAAAGUCAAGCAGAUUCAAGUCAACCUACUUUGAGUCAUCAGGCCAGCGAUAUUUCAAUGCUGGAGUCACAGCCAUUGCCUCAAACCCCAAGUCGUAAUACUGCGACAUCACAAGCGACUAGUAUCAGGACUUUCGCACGCUCUAGCAGUGCGCUCAAGUUUACGUACGGCCAAGGCAGAAAAGUUCUAGAAGAGGAAGGCGAUUUACUUGAAUCUCUCAUCCUACCCGAAGAGUCGUCAACUUCGUUAAAGGGAAGACGUUUGGAACUUGGAACGCCGAAGAAAGCAGUUGCCGCCAAGGGAGCACUUGAUGAUGAGGACCUUGGAAUUAAUGGUUCGCCUAACUCAAAACUCCGGGAUAUUCAUGAAUUGAGACAAGCCGGAGCGAAUUCCCGCGUGGCCGACACGAUGCAAGAUUUGGCCGACCAGAUUGGUUCUCCAAGCAGCAAGCCUUCAUCGUCUCGAAGAGCUGCAUUGAUACAAGUAGCAGAGAAAAUCAAGGACAAGACAUUUAUGUGGCAAUGUCGCGAUCAUGGUGUCGAGGCGGCAUUGUUGAAAGAUAUGGGCAAAGAGUCUGAUAUCAUAUCCGGAUACCUCAUCUUAUCUAUCCUCGUGACGAUACUCGCAAAAUGGCCCUCGUCACAUAUACAGCAACUUGUUCGGCUCGGGAACCCCGCAGGCAUGUUUGCUCACUUGCUCAGCAUACCCAAGGACAUGAAGGUGAUAGCGCGCGACAGAAAGAGCAACUUAUCUAAGAGAAGUCAAGCAUCUCUUAUCGCUACUCAAACUUCGCUGCGCGAGUUAUCGAUCUGGGAUAAGGCUAUCCCAUCAUAUGUCUCGCCGAGAAGUCUUGUUCUCAAGUGUCUACAUUUACUCAUCGCUCAUGAUGUCAACGCAGCUAGAGAUCCUGCCAUCUUCUCUCCGGCUGUGACAGAGGCUCUCUUCUCAGUGCUCUCGGACGCAGCCGAAAAUGCAGAGCACUGGAACUAUCCGGUAGUAGCGGAAGCGAUCGAUCUUGCGCAUGCUCUGGCGAUUCUUGAAUUCUAUGCUGUUAGCAUUGCGGAAGUGCAGCGCGUAGGCGCUAGUUGGGUUAUUCCAUAUCUCCCAAUCGUAGCUGACGUUUUCGGGGCUUGUUCACAAAACAUAGUACCGGGUGUUACGGCUCAAGAGAGCGAGAGCAAGCUUCUCGAGGAUGCUGUCUUGAAGCUCACUAUAAAUUUGACAAACAAUAGUCUGGAAGCGCCAGAAAUAUUUGUGUCGAAAGGACUUGUACCUGCUUUGGCAGGGUCUAUCUCCAGCAAUUUUACUCGCAUUUCGGAGUCGUUGUCUCGAGAUACGUGGGUCGAUGGGAUCCUCGACAGCUUGGUCCUGCGGCUAGGGAUCCUAAUCAACUUUUCGGAGCACAGUUCGCUCGUGAGAGAGGUCAUAGAUGACUGUCACCAUGAGGGCCAGCGACCAGUUGACGAACUCAUCCGAUUAUUUUUCGAAAAUUACCGGAGGACAGCAGAAGCCGAUUCAAUGGAGACCAGUCACCUGAAUGUGGCCUUCGGAUACUUGACGGUCUUACUAGGCUAUCUAGCCCUACAUAGGCCGGUGCGGCAGAAAAUACGGUCAAGUCAUUCGGCUAAGAGCAUCGAACCGCUACUUGAUUCACUUCGCGAAUUCCUUACCCAUCAUAGGAAAGUGGAACAGAGUGUGGACGAAAGCGAAGAUGGCUCACGAGGCCACAGUAGCUAUACGGAGCGGCUUCAGGACCUGGUGCAUCAAUUAGAAGAGCAGGCUGCAUAUGAUUGAUUCGGAGGUGGCUUACAUAGACCGAGCAUGUCUCAUGACACGGCAAUUUUUUCUUGUAGGAUCAUCUUCAUGCACAAUUCACUGUCGGAGCAAUAUCAGCUUGGCGACGGGAUACGGGAGGGAUUGA